AUGACACUUGGCAGAUCAUGGUCCUACACAAUCGCUUUGCUAGCUAGUGUGGCAGUUGUAUCGUGUGCACAAGUGGAUGAUCCCUGCAAAAUAAAGUCACGCGUAGUCGCAGAUGAUAAAUACUGUGACAAAUAUUGGGAAUGUGAAAAUGGCCAAGCUGUGCAAUACGACUGCCCUAAUGGACUGGUCUUCGCUGGAAAGCACAGAGGUGUCACUGAAGGUUGUGAUUAUCCAUGGAGGUCUAAUUACUGUGAAUAUCCGAAGGUUCAGAUAAAUCCUCCCAUCGGCGCUGAGCACUGUGACUGGCUCUACGGUAUCUUCGGCCAUGAGACAUCGUGCACGAGGUAUUGGACCUGUUGGAACGGAACCGCUACUGAGCAACUGUGCAUCGGUGGUCUUCUGUACAACGAGAACGCCCACUCUUGUGACUGGCCUGAAAAUGUUGACGGCUGCCAGAAGCAUCCACUCUGCAAUGAAGACCCUAACGGCAACGUGCCUCUGGGAAAGUCCUGCAAUAGAUACUGGCAGUGCCAAGGAGGAUACCCGCGUCUUCAACGUUGCCCAGCGAUGCUGGUGUUCGACAGGCGAUCGCUUAGAUGCGUAGUGCCACCAACUGACGAAUGUGAAAUAAUUACCACAACUUCACCACCUCAAGAGGAAGAAGAGAACUUGAAGCCUGGACAACAUAAGCGACCAACCACGGAAUACCCAAAUGGCCAACCAGGAAGUCAAAGAAUAAGGAACUAA